AUGCCCAGACCUCAAACCGUCACAAUUGCGGAAUCUUUCGAUGCCAAAUUGCCUGGCGAACCGGAUAUUGAAAUCACCUUCAAAAAGGAGUAUCGCGAGAUGCCUCCAAGUAGUGCCAAGUCAACAGUAGACACAGAUGCUCCUCCAGCGUACACGAAGCUCCAAAGCGAAGAAUAUUGGCAAAUCGCUACCGAUGCCCUUCAUCGUUCUGGGGCUCGUCAGAGAUCUACACUAGGCGCCGCUAUGCCAGCUUUGGAGAAUGGCCAUUCCCUGACAGGAGAAGCAGAUGUCCUGCGACUCUCUAUCUUGCAACAUUUCACCUGGUCAAUAUUGCCCUGCAACCACUGGUUCCACCGGGCUACAAAAUCUUGGCCAGAGAAACUUGAACAUCUUGCUGUCCUUGAAAUGCAAGCAACCCAUGUGAUUCAUGAAAAGGAUUUCAUGCAGGCCGCCGCAGAUACACCUGCGGAGUAUAAGAAAAAGGUUGACAAUGGUGCGAGAUUCGAAAAAACAGGCGCUACAUGGUUGUCGAACAAUGCUCUAUGGCUUUCUAAACAAGCCGCAAAGUAUGGCGAGGGGUGCCGACAUGUGGCAAUAUUUGAUUGGAUGGCCAUGUUCAUUUUCGACUUCACCAGGAAAAUUCAUAAUGCCUAUGGGUUAUUCUUCAGAAAGUCCAAAUCUGUUGCCCCAGACCGCAUGAACUAUUGUCGUCUUCUCUUGGCGUUUGUGGUUCGGGCUCUGAAUGAGUGGUGUGAGGAGAACGGAGUGCAACCAGUAUAUUUUGGACAUCUGGAAUCGCAAGCUCUGCUUCGUGGGCCUUAUUAA